AUGGACCAUGUAUCUUCCUGGGUGGUUGCCAACCGGGAUCCUAAACUGUUUCAUCGUGUAUUGGGACCCACAGGCGAGCUGCAAAGUGCUGAGAAUUUAUUCUGGUACCGAAUUGGUGACCUGAGCACUGAGGGACUAAAUGGUGGCUUCUUAAACUCCUCUCUCAAUGUUGGUGCCACUGGUUUUGGCCAAGCACUGACUACAGUGGGACCUGGAAAGACUGAAGUCGAAUCAGAAUUGGCUUCUGCUCUAAGUGAUCUUCAGAAUGCUCUGUUUCAUUACAGACUGAAAGCUCUUGUGAGUUUGAGAUUUUUUUUUUCUAUUUAUUUAUUUAUUUUUCUCUUUGUGGCAGCGGACAGCAAAACCACAGCAGCAGGCUUAACUAAAGAAAAUUCCUAUUUAAAAAUGCUUUGCACAGGACGAAUAUUUCAGCAGUGGAAUUUUGUAGUGUUCUUACUUUGCUGCUCCAAUCCAACGUAUGGGCAAACUCUGGAUGCUGUUAACAUCAGACUGAGAAGAGCAGUGUCAGAACAUCAGCUACUUCAUGACAAAAGUCGUUCUUUCCAAGAGCUGCAGAGGCGGAUUUGGUUGAGGAACCUGUUGGAUGAGGUGCACACCGCUGAAAUCCAGGAUUUGCCCAGUCGAACGACCAACCCAAAACCGGCUGGAAGUACCAAAAACUACCCAAUUGGUCUAGCGGUAGAUGAGGAAGGAACGUAUCUGCCUCAAGAAACUAACAUCCCUCAGAUCUACAAGGACCAAACCAUUAAAGUUAAUGGAAAAAAAAAGAAGAAGAGCAGAUCUGGCAAGCGAAGAGAAAGUGAAAAAAAAAAAAGAAGGGUCCGCUCAGUAAAUAUCUGCGAAAAUGGCAGCCAGAUUGAUGGAGAAAGGUUUCCUUAUACGAGCUUGGAAAAACUCAUAAAUAACAGGAAGCAUUAAAAAAAAGAAUUUGGUGGAUAUUCUAUUGAAUCAUCUUCCCACAACGUCUUGCAGUUUUCUAUAACUGACUGUAGAGAGAGUGUUAGAGAAAAUAUUUAUUGUUUGUAAAUAUUUAAAAUGCACCAAUAUAGUAAUAAUAUUUAGAGCAGUGGUAUUAAGAACAAUAUUAAAAAAGAUAUCUGUGUUACUGUCACACACACACAUAUAUACAUAUAUAAAGGUGAGCAUGUUCAAAUGCUGGUUUAGUCAAAUGCAACUCUUUGCUGAGUAUCUGAGCUAUGAUUUGUCCAUCAUGGCAGUGAUUCUUGCACUGAGGAUGAAAACUUAAACCAGAGGUGGGGGCCUCCGAUCCAUAACAGUCUUUGUUGUCAUCUGACUUUCACUGAAACUUAGCAAGGUAUAACAUUUGUGCAGAAGGACUUUCAAGAUGGAGAAGUUAAAAAAAAGCAUUAGACUGUUGACCUUAAUGUGCAAGUUUGGACAUUACUGAAGUAAUUUAUCUGCACUCAACUUUAAAGUUUCCUGCACGGGAAAAGGAUUACCAGAACAGUGGUAUGAGAAGAUUGUGAUAACAGCCUGUAUUCUGCAUCUUAGCUUUUAAAAUAAGUCAAUACAAUUUUAAUGGCAAUUGAAUGUGAUCAAGCAUAUAUUCAUUUAAGUGUUCUUGAUCUGAGAGAAAAAGCAAAACAUUCCUCCUUCCAUUUUUAUGGACCUGUAUUUUUCCAUUUGAGGGUUGCAAUAUAUAUGAGUAGAAAACAAUAUAAAAUCAUUCCUUGAUGUGGCUCAGAUGCCACAUCGGUGCACUCACCAGGAGCACUCACACAAUUGCACAUACUACAGCAUCUGCAAUCAAACCCAUAAAACACAUUUGGACUAAAAAGUAGAAAACAACAUAUCUGGAGGAAAUCCACAUGCAAACUACAUGCAGAACUGAAUCAGAAUUCAAAUUAAGGGUAUCUGUUUUUCCUACUUCUGGCUAUGUUAGGCUGACUGGUAGUGUCCAGUUAUAAUUGACAUGUUGCACUAGGGCAGGCUUUGACAUGCUGAAGAGUAGCUUGCUUUACUACUUGUAAAAAAAUAUUCUUCUUGUUGUUGUGCUCAGUAAUGAUUGGACAUUUGUUAUAACUGUUGAUAUUAAAGAAAAUCAAUUUAGAAUAACAUGAUUAAUAAAGAACAGAGCCAAAAUUCAGCGUCAAACCCUGAUUUCCAACAGUCUGUUCUAUUUGCUCAGUUUUUUGUUGGAUUGAUGAAGUGAACUCGCCUGUAUAUGUAUAUAUGCAAUCAUGUUAAUUGUUAUUGUAAGAUGCGAUAAUUUAUUUUGUUUGAUUGGUGUAUUUAUUUUGUAAAUAGAUCAUGGUGCUGCUGAUGUUCUAUUUUUUUGUUACAUAAUGCACUUUAGAUAUAUAUAUCAAGUAAGUUUUUGUUUUUUGUUGUAAUAAAUUGUUUUGUGUGUGUGUUUGGUUUUAAUGAAAAUUAAACUGGACUGCAUUUUUCCUCUGUUGACUCAGAAUUAAUGUAUGCAAUGUCCAAUGAAGCAUAUGAGAAGCUUAAAAUGAAUGGUGUCUUUCAUGCAAACCUCUUUAGCAGCCUCAACUAUUUAUGCUCAAUAACUGUCAAUAUUUUGUUAUAGUUUAAUGAAAUGUGCAUUUCAGAUUAAAAUUAACUGAAAUAUGAUUCUACAGAUUGUCUUUAUAUUGGUACAACUAAUAACAUGACACAGACAAACACAAGUUUAAGUUUCUAGAAAGAUUCUUUAUUUGUGUGAUAAAUGGUCACAAUAUGAGCUGAGAACUCGGAACAAACUGACCAUGUUAAGAAAAGAAAUGUGCAGCUUUAGUAUGCAUUUACUGUAAAUACAACAAAAGAACAACAGAUGAACUUUAUUCUAAAUGCAUUACUCCACCUUUAAAUGGAUACUUAAUAGUUGUUUUAACAGUUCUGGUGCAAAUAAAGCUCAUGCUUUUGUAAAA